UGAUAAAUAAACCAAUACUAAUAGUUUUUUUACUUCAAAAUUAUGAAGUUCUUAAGAAUCUAUUUAUGACUUAAAAGUAAUAAAUAUUCUAAAUGAAUUAUGGCUCAAAAGAAAGAGCAACACACAAGUUAUUCUUCUUCUACUUCUUCUUAACUUAUGCUGUGUUUGAUUUGGCUUUAGUUUCGCGGUUCAAGUGAUGCUUCGUAGCAACCUUCCCAUAAUUCGAAUACCAGGAGAUGGCAGAUGUAUGUUUAGAUCUGUGGUCUAUGGUGCCUGCCUCAGAACAGGUGACCCACCUCCAAGUCUCACCAGGCAAAAAGAACUUGCAGAUGAACUAAGAGCCAAAGUUGUGGAUGAAUUCAUCAAGAGGAGAGCAGACACUGAGUGGUUUCUUGAAGGCGACUUUAACACCUAUACCGUACAAAUGAGAAAGUCUCAAGCAUGGGGUGGAGAACCUGAACUUCUCAUGUCAUCACAUGUUUUACAGAUGCCUAUAACUGUGAUUAUGCAUGAUACAAAUUCAAAUAACCUUAAAAUUAUAGCUGAAUAUGGUCAGGAGUAUGGGAAGGAGAAGCCUAUUAGAGUCAUUUAUGAUGGAUUUGGCCACUAUGAUGUAUUCAAGUGUUCGACAUGAUAUCAUACGCAUAACGCGCAGUCCUAAUGUUGUAACUUUGUUUUUAUGAGUAGAAAUCGAACUCAGUACUUGAAGUUUAUAACAUUCAAAUACAGUACACACUAAAUCGCGUAUACUAAACUCAUGGUAACGCCGCAAUUUAUUGUAACCUAGUAACACUUCUUAUGAUGUCAUAGACUCAUAGUACCAAAACAUAGGAAAUUCUGAAUUUCUGUUCAGAAGGAAAAUGUUUUAUUAAUCAUAUUUUUUUCUAUACAGAAA